AUGGGGGAGUACAAGGAUUACACUGCCCAGAAGGCUAAGGAAGGGAAAGAUUCUACCAUUGAGAAGCUAACUGAACUGAAGGACACGGCGGUGGAUACUGCUCGACGGGCGGUGGAAAUGCUGGAUGGUAAGAAAGAAGAGACGAAACAGAAGGCAGAAGAGAUUGGAGAGGCAGCCAAGGUGUUACAAGCAGUCCAAGUAACCUCCAAAGGGGAUUCAACACCAGUGUCUACUGAACAAGAAGUAAAGAAGGCUACUCCAACAAAUCCCAAGGCAACAGUUACGCUAAUAGUAGAAGAAGGAGAAGAGGUAGUGGCAAGCCUAUCAUCUGACCCUCCCGAAAUUGAGAGGGAGAAGAAGAUGAGAGGAAAGGUUGACAAACUAGAGGUUGCAGUCAAAGACAACGGCAAAGAGAAAGUUGAAGAGGAGCUGGUUUUCUUCCCUAAAGGAAGAAUACCUGACGACUUUAAAUGGAAGCUAGACAAGUUUGAUGGUUCAAGAGAUCCUAAAGCCCGCCUCAAGAUCUUCGCCAUGGUGGCCAAAUCUUGGGAUGUUACAGAAAACCAGAUGGGAUAG